AUGGAGAAGCACAUUGACUUGCAAAACUUCAACGACGAUGUUGGGCUUCGCGCGAGGCACAAUGGCUCAAUAUCAGAGGCAAAAGGGAAGGAGUUUGAUAGAGAUAGGUAUGAACUGGCGAAAGCGGGAAAGCAGCAGGUGUUGAAGUGGCAGCGUCGGUUCGGUCUUGUCAGUAUGACUGGUCUGUCCUGCGGUUUGAUGUGUACUUGGGAGAGUCUACUGGUAAUCUUUUCUAUUGGUUUCAUCAACGGCGGACCUGCUGGUCUGAUAUACGGCUUCAUAAUCAUCUGGCUCGGCAACUUCUCCGUCUUCGUCUGCAUUGGUGAACUGGCAAGUGCGGUCCCUACUGCUGGAGGCCAAUACCACUGGGUGUCACUACUCGCCCCUCGAUCUAAUAAGAAAUUCUUCAGCUAUGUUACUGGCUGGCUCACGGUAAUCGGCUGGAUUGCAGCGCUCACAUCAGUAUGCUUCUUCGUAGCCGAUCUAAUACUACAGCUUGUCAGCCUCAACAACGCAGACGACUUUCAUCGUCAAGGCUGGCACGGGACACUUCUUCUCUGGGCAGUACUCCUGCUCUGUGUCUUCAUCAACGUUUUUGUUAGCGGUGCACUACCGACUAUAGAAGUCGUUGUUCUCAUCGUACAUAUCCUAGGCUUCUUCGGUAUUCUCGUUCCUCUGGUCUAUUUGUCACCUACGCACAAUUCUGCCAAGGAGAUAUUCACCAAGUUCCACAACGACGGUGGAUGGAGUACCCAAGCACUGGCUUUUUUUGUCGGCCUACAAGGCAAUGCACUUGCAUUCGUUGGGACAGACUCUGUAGUCCAUAUGUCAGAAGAAGUUCGGAACGCCACCCGCGAUGUCCCGCGUUCCAUGCUCCUGUCCCUCAUGAUUAACGGCUCUCUCGCCCUCGGCAUGCUCUUCGCCGUACUCUUCAGCGCGGAAGACAUCACCGGGCUCCUCGAACAUGCUGGUGAAAUCGCGCCCUUCAUCCGCAUCUUCAGCAGCGCGGUGGGAUCUGACACGGGCGCCACAGUCAUGGUUUGCAUUAUCAUCCUCCUCGAGUUUUGCAGUGCAAUGGGGUGUUUGGCUGCUGCGAGCAGAAUGACAUGGUCGUUUGCUCGAGAUCGUGGACUCCCAUUCUCGAGGGCGCUUAGCAUGAUCGACAAACGCUCUACCAUCCCCGUCAUCGCCAUAAUCGUAGUCACCCUCCUCUCCGCCUCACUCGCCCUUAUCAACAUCGGCAACUCUGCCGCCUUCAACGGCACAAUCUCCCUCGUCCUCGAAGGCUUCUACCUCUCCUACCUCAUCGCCCUCGGCCUCCUCCUCUGGCGCCGUCUCCGCGGCGACCUAGACCACACCUCGUCGCCCUACCCCUCCUCCUCCACAACCUCCACCACCACCUUCCACCACCCCUCGACGUUUGCCUCGCCCGAAAGCACCAUGAAAUGGGGCCCCUGGCGCUUGGGCGGCGCCCUCGGCGUCGCAAAUAAUGUGGUGGCCAUUUGCUAUCUUUCGCUCAUCAUCUUCUUUAGCUUCUGGCCCAGUGCGCGCAAUCCGUCGCUUGCACAGAUGAAUUGGGCGGGCGUGGUGACGGGCGGUGUGGCUUGUAUUAGUGUGGUGUAUUAUUGUGUUUUUGCGAGGAAGAGCUAUGUUGGGCCGAUUGUCGAGGUAGAUCCCAGUGUGCUUUGA